AACAACAGAACACCUGCAACGGCAACCGAACACACGACCGUUCGCCUCUCGCCUCUCGUUCCUCGUUCCUGAUCGCGCCGCCGGUCGCCGCCGGCGAUGGAUUCCGGCGAAGACGCCACUGGGAUGCUGCAGCACCCCCUGCGGAUCCGACACUGAACAUCACUAGCAAACACCCUGCCGGCGUCCUGUGCAGGUGAGGCGUUCGACGAAAUGCCCCUUAAGAAGCCAAGAUUGGACGCGGGGAGCGAACUGCCGCCGCCGGCGUCGUUAUGGGCGGACAUUCAUCCGGACAUCCUGGGGGUCGUGCUCCGCUUCCUCUCAUGUCUUGCCGACGCGCCAGCUUGCGGUCCGUGUGCCCCCGCUGGCGCGCUGCUGCCCGCAGCCAGGCCCUGCCCCCACCUCUGCCCUUGCUGGUGCUACCUAAGUUCGAGCUCUCCUGCUUGACCUCCGACGAGGCGCUCACGGCCCCGCGUCAUCCCCUGAUGCCUGAGGAGGUGGCAGCUGAUGAUGCCCGUUAUGUCUGCUCUUAUGAUGGAUGGGUUGUGGGCGUGACCCAAAUCCGCAGCAAGUAUCUCAGACAUGUUGAUGGUGAGUUGGUUGACAGCGGGCAUUACGCAGAAAUGGAUGACAAGUGCUUCUUGGUUAAUGCUUUCUCCCGAAGGGUGGUCCAUCUGCCGCAGUUGUGCCGUACGAGUGACAUUUGUGCCCCCUCGUCCUCAACGGCACAGGUGACGUCCGUUUUGAAAUCAAUGGCUCGUAUACGAUGUCAUCCCACAGUGGUAUUAUCUGCUUCACCUGACUCUGGGUCCAAGUACAUUGUGGCUGCUUCCUCUGACACCGUGGCUUCAGGUAACCUUGCUCUUUGGCAGCCUGGGAUGACGUCAUGGCAUGUUUGCAGUGGUCCUCCUCUUGAUGGUCCCAAAGAUAUUGCCUUCUACCAGGGUAAGCUGUACGUGCUCCAGAGUUUCAUUAGAACAGACCUCUUUGCUUUUGUCCUCAAGGAGGAUGAUCGUGGGAUUGUUAUCUCUCGUGUUGAGCAUUGUAUGACUGAGCCACUCCCCCCUCACCCCAUGGAGCAAAAUGGUUUUCUGAGAUGUAACAUGGUGGUGUGACGUGAAAAUCUGUUAUUAAUAAUGAGAUACUAUGAUAGUAAUUACAUGGAGCAAGAUUCGAAAAUUAUUAAAGUUGAAGUGUUUGCACUGGAUGUCAGCAAAAACCCUUACAGACUCACCAGGGUCCGCAGCUUCAACGGCGAUUCCAUCUUCAUUGGCUCAGGCAGCUCCAAGUCGUUUCCUGCCAGUCUGCAUGAUGGAGCUGAAGGUGAUCUUAUCUACUUUGUUCCUGAAUAUUGGAGCCCAACUGAUAGAUUUGUGUACAACAUGAGAGAUGGUAAGAUGAGACCCUUUUCUGCCAAAUUGUUGCCUUUUGAAGGACAUGUAGAAGACCACUCUCCGGUGUGGCUAUUUCCUUCAGAAUGAUGCUGCAGAGCAGAUCUGAUCUUACUCACUGGGUGUUUGCCACUGCGCGCUAUUGAGAUUUUGAAGGCUAUGAUGGCUAUCGAACUACAACUCCAUGUAGGAUCAUGGAGUCUAUUUUCUGUCAAGUUCCUGACUAUAUAUCUAUUUGGUGACGGAUGUAAUAAAUGUGGGAGAACUAAGUCUGCUACGUUCA